GGCCUCCUUAUUCCCGGCAAGCUCCGCGCCAGCGUUUGCUGUUGAUUGGCUGCGGCAGGAGCGGGCGGUCCUGCUGGCAGCGGUUACCCCGGGUUUCCGGUUCUCGGUUAGAGUCGGGGUACGCGGUUGGAUGUCCGCCGUGAGUACGUCUAUUGGCGAUCACAAUGAAGAACCAAGACAAAAAGAAUGGGCCUGCCAAACACUCCAACCCGAAGAGCAGCCCGGGGCAACGGGAAGCCGGAGCGGACGGAACCCAGGGACGGUCCAGACCGACAGCUCCUGCGGCGGAAGCUGCUGAAGGUUCCAGCAGCCAGGCUCCUGGGAAGGCGGAGGGAGCUCGAGCCAAAGCUGCUCAGUCCGGGGCCCUCUGUGACGUCUCUGAGGAGCUGAGCCGGCAGCUGGAAGACAUUCUGAGCACAUACUGUGUGGAUAACAAUCAGGGAGGCCCCGGUGAGGAGGGAGCGCAGGGCGAGCCCACAGAGCCGGAAGACACAGACAAGUCCCGAACCUAUGCAGCAAGAAAUGGGGAGCCUGAGCCAGGCACCCCAGUCGUCAAUGGCGAGAAGGAGGCCGCUAAGGGGGAGCCCAGCACAGAAGAGAUCCGAACAAGUGAUGAGGCCGGAGACCGAGACCACCGAAGGCCACAGGAGAAGAAGAAAGCCAAGGGUCUGGGGAAGGAGAUCACUCUGCUGAUGCAGACGCUGAACACGCUGAGUACCCCAGAGGAGAAGCUGGCUGCGCUGUGCAAGAAGUAUGCUGAGCUGCUGGAGGAACACCGGAACUCGCAGAAGCAGAUGAAGCUCCUGCAGAAGAAGCAGAGCCAGCUGGUGCAGGAGAAGGACCAUCUGCGCGGGGAGCACAGCAAGGCCAUCCUGGCCCGGAGCAAGCUGGAGAGCCUGUGCCGGGAGCUGCAGCGCCACAACAGGUCCCUGAAGGAAGAAGGUGUGCAGCGAGCCCGCGAGGAAGAGGAGAAGCGCAAAGAGGUGACGUCACACUUCCAGGUGACACUGAAUGACAUUCAGCUGCAGAUGGAACAGCAUAACGAGCGAAACUCCAAGCUGCGCCAGGAGAACAUGGAGCUGGCUGAGAGACUCAAGAAGUUGAUCGAGCAGUACGAGCUUCGGGAAGAGCAUAUCGACAAAGUCUUCAAACAUAAGGACCUGCAGCAGCAACUGGUGGACGCCAAGCUCCAGCAGGCCCAGGAGAUGCUGAAGGAGGCAGAGGAGCGGCACCAGCGGGAGAAGGAGUUUCUCCUGAAGGAAGCAGUGGAGUCCCAGAGGAUGUGCGAGCUGAUGAAGCAGCAGGAGGCCCACUUAAAGCAGCAGCUUGCCCUGUACACAGAGAAGUUUGAGGAGUUCCAGAAUACACUUUCCAAGAGCAGCGAAGUGUUCACCACAUUCAAACAGGAAAUGGAAAAGAUGACAAAGAAGAUCAAGAAGCUGGAGAAAGAAACUACCAUGUAUCGCUCCCGGUGGGAGAGCAGCAAUAAGGCCUUGCUGGAGAUGGCUGAAGAGAAAACUCUCCGGGACAAAGAGCUGGAAGGCCUGCAGGUGAAAAUCCAGCGGCUGGAGAAGCUGUGCCGAGCACUGCAGACAGAGCGCAAUGACCUGAACAAGCGGGUGCAGGACCUGACUGCAGGGGGCCAGGCUGCCCCCACUGCCAUUGGCACUGAACGGAGGCCAGAGGCCGCCACCGCUUCCAAGGAACAAGGUGUUGAGAGGCCUGGGGCUCAACCAUCCAGCUCUCCAAAGGCCACAGAAGCUCCUGGCUGCCCUGGAGCACCAAGCAGAGAAAUAGGCCAGGCAGGGCCCCAGGAGCCUACCUCAGCCACCGCCUAGAGAUGAUGGCGCUUGGGCAUGCUUGGAAGGGAGCAGCAGCCCAGUCAGGCCUGGUCCACACAAGGUUUCCACGCUGAGCAGCCCGUGCUGAAGCCAGAGUGUCCUGACCUGGAGGGCAUUGGACACUUGCAAAUUUGAAUUUUGUGGGUUAGUCGUACGUGGAUGGGGCCGGUGUGCAACACCUCGUGCAGUUACAUGGCUAACCCUGUGGGUGUACUGCGGACUUUGAUCAAGGGUUGGGUGUACAGAUGAAGUUGGUGACUCCUCUGUAAAUUGAAGAGUCUCAGGAGAUGUCCUGUGUACCUGCCUGGUUUUGAGGUUCAGACCCCUCUUGGCCCUUUUCAGAGCUCGUGACAAGUGAAAACACUGAGGCCUGGACUCCUCUUUUUUUGUAAGCAAAACUUGGGUGGUUUUGGCUCCUGUCACUGCCCUGGAGGUUCUACUGCUUCUCUUAACCUGGGAGUGGAGUCCCUGGCAGAGCCUUUGUGGGGAACAGCUGCUGGUGAGCUUCCUUCCUGCCCAAGACAAGGAAGCUGAGGGUGCGCCUGUGUGGGAAGGAGCCCCUUGGGCACCGCACCCCUCUGCUAGCUCCGGUUCUAGGCCAGUGUUGCUUCUCAGUUCUCAGUAGCCUUAUCACGCACAGGUGCCUCUAGUCUGCACAAAAGAUUGACAAAAGGUCACCCAAAGGUUUUUUUUUUUCUGUUAUAUUUUUGUUCAUUUUGCGUAAGAGUUCAUAGUAAAGGUCUCCAAAGGAGGGAAGGUGGAUACUGUGCCAGUGGUCCCAUGUGCCUGGCGUCCAGUGCCCCACUGGAACCAGCCUGUCAGGGUCUUUUGCUAUGUGGUACCAAGGUGUCAUGUUUGGGAAGAUGCCAUGAUUAAGAGAAAGGAAGAGACUUCUAAUGGCUUUGCCACAAACUUGCCUAUGGAUUUCAGCCUGGGAGGCUACCACUGUUUGCUGUCACCGUCUCCCUGCACCCCUUGCCAACAAGGGCCUUAGAUCCAGAUGCUCCUUGGCUUAUGGGCACUUUUUUGUUCCUGUCCCCUCCCAACUUAGAUGAGCAAUUUGUGAGGACUGCUUUGCUGCCUGCAUCCUUGGUGUUUCCU